AUGCAAGGGGAAAGAGAUAAAUUGAAGACUGAACUGUACAAAAAGGAACCAGAAUUUGAAGAUUUGGUAAAUUCUCAGCGUACUGAUAUUCUAAUAAUUGAGAAGGUGUUUUGUUUGUUUAUGGCAAGAAAUCUUGAUUCCCUUCCCCCCAAUUGCAUAGAACGGAAAGAUGCUGAAGGAUGGGAGACUGUUCAGAGAGGAAGGCCUGUUCGUUCACGAUCGACAGCAGUGAUGCCAAAAGUUUCAUUAGCAACAGAAGUGUUAAGGUCAAAGGAUGACAGUGAUAAAGAAAAUGUAUGUCUUUUAUCUGAUGAAAGCAUACAGAGAGGCGAAUUUGUUGGAGAUGGACCUUCUAAUACUGUAGAAUCUCGGUCCAAAGACUCUUUACAUUCUUGUGAGCAUCCUCUUGCUGAAAGAACCCAGUUCACAGUGAGUACAUUGGAUGAUGUUAGGAACUCUGGCAGUGGUUUCUUACAAGACAAUUCUGUGCGCACAUCUGAAAUACCUGCUGUUCACAUUGAUACAGAGUGUGUUUCAAUUACUCAGCAAGCUGACAUACCUCCUUUGCAAACAAAUGAAGACAAAUUUCCAGCAGAGAAAGCAAGGAUAGAAAAUGAAAUGGACCCAUCAGAUAUUUCAAAUGUGAGUGCUGCUAACUUGUCCAUGGCAGAAGUUCUUGCUAAAAAAGAAGAGUUAGCAGAUCGUUUAGAAAAGGCCAAUGAAGAAGCCAUUGCUAGUGCCAUUGCUGAAGAAGAACAGUUAACUAGAGAAAUCGAAGCUGAAGAAAACAAUGAUAUUAACAUUGAAACUGACAACGACAGUGAUUUUUCAGCCGGUAUGGGCAGUGGAAGCGUAACUUUCUGUGGUUUGUCUAUGGACUGGAACGAUGUCCUUGCAGAUUAUGAAGCUCGUGAAUCUUGGCGCCAAAAUACAUCCUGGGGGGAUAUUGUAGAGGAGGAACCUGCUAGACCUCCAGGGCAUGGAAUUCACAUGCAUGAAAAACUUUCCUCCCCAUCUCGCAAAAGAACAAUAGCAGAAUCUAAGAAGAAACAUGAAGAAAAGCAAAUGAAAGCACAGCAGCUAAGGGAAAAGUUACGUGAAGAGAAAACAUUAAAGCUUCAAAAGUUGUUAGAAAGGGAGAAGGAUGUCCGGAAGUGGAAGGAAGAGUUACUAGAUCAACGACGUAGGAUGAUGGAGGAGAAAUUACUUCAUGCUGAAUUUAAACGAGAGGUGCAAUUACAAGCAAUUGUGAAAAAAGCACAAGAGGAAGAAGCUAAGGUAUAUGGUAGAUGCUUUAAACACUGGAUUAGUUACCCAAGUACUUUUUUCAGUUGUUAUGUAAUAGUAAUAGUAGUGUUUAUUAUGUGCCAGUAUAAGAGUAUUUUACAGACUCAUUUAAAACUUACUAGGUGUAAUAUUUUAUUCAUAAAUAAUCCUAUGAGCUAUAUAUUAUUUUUUACAGUUUUAUUGAAGUGUAAUGAACGUAAGAGAGCUCUAGAGGCAGAACGGCAGGCCCGUGUAGAAGAAUUAUUGAUGAAGAGGAAAGAACAAGAGGCCCGAAUAGAACAGCAGAGGCAAGAAAAGGAAAAAGCUCGUGAGGAUGCAGCCCGGGAAAGAGCUAGGGACAGGGAAGAACGAUUGGCAGCACUCACUGCAGCUCAACAAGAAGCUAUGGAGGAGCUACAAAAAAAAAUUCAGCUCAAGCAUGAUGAAAGCAUCCGAAGGCACAUGGAACAGAUUGAACAAAGAAAAGAGAAAGCUGCCGAGUUAAGCAGUGGACGACACGCAAAUACUGAUUAUGCCCCCAAACUUACCCCUUAUGAAAGAAAGAAGCAGUGUUCUCUCUGCAGUGCCCUGAUCUCAUCAGAGGUGUAUCUUUUUAGCCACAUUAAAGGGAAAAAACACCAGCAAGCUGUGAGAGAGAAUAGCAGCAUCCAAGGGCGAGAACUUUCAGACGAAGAAGUGGAACAUCUUUCCUUGAAGAAGUAUAUUGUUGACAUUGUGGUUGAAAGUGCAACUCCACCAGAGCCUGUGAAAGAUGCAGAAGAACGGCAAAAAAAUAAAAAAAAGGCCAAAAAGAUAAAAGCACGGAUGAACUCCAGGGCCAAGGAAUAUGAGAGUUUAAUGGAAACAAAAAAUUCUGGCUCUGACUCACCUUAUAAAGCAAAGCUUCAGCGAUUAGCCAAAGAUCUUCUGAAACAGCUACAAGUACAAGACAGUGGCUCAUGGGCAAACAAUAAGGUUUCUGCUUUGGAUCGGACCCUAGGCGAGAUCGCUAGAAUAUUGGAAAAGGAGGUAUGUGACUAAUCUCUGGACUUUGAACCUUACAUCUUUGUGGUCCUUUCUCACUGUGACAGGACAUAGGGUUGUAUUGCAUUCUCUCCAUAUACAUGUUUCUUCUCUGUUUCCAAAAGCCAGUCAACAGUUGAUGGAUGUUUUUUACUUUCGUUUUCAAUGAAAUUGAGGUUGUUUUCAGUUUUAACUGAAGUACUUGGUAGAAAAAAAUAUGUUCUUUAAGUCAUGGUUUUCUCAGUUCCCCACACAAACAAAAUGAAAUUAUAUAAUCAAGAAUAAUAGUAAUAAAAGUAUAUUGUAUAAUUUUAUGACAGAAAACAUAGAACCUUGAAUUAUUUCAAGCUCAUAAACACAACUAGGAGGGGCCCACAAAACACCAGUUUCUUCCCUGUUUCCAAACAGAAGAUUUGACAGUUUUGUUUAAUGACCUAGAGACAUUAAAUGUCUCAAUGACAGUUUAAAACUCUUUAAUGAUUUCACAAGUAUUUAUUAUUCACUAUAGAAAAAUUUUAAACUUAAAGAGAGGAAACUUUCUGUAACAUCUACUGGUAACAUCAUUGUUUUUUCUUCUGAUGGCUUUUAUUGUAUAUUUUUUGUAUUAUCUGGCUGAUUUUAUCAUAAAUAUUUUUUAUGUUUUUAAAAAUUCUUUGUAAAUGAAUUAACAUACCACAAUAUGUUUAUACCAUAGUGGUACAGUGCCAUACCAUAUUUUUUUACAUGUUACUGUAAAAAAAUUAGCAUAAUGGGCUUCUGAAAAUACCUAGUCGGGGGAGGGUGCAGCUGGCAAACAAACAUAGAAGGUGCAUGUUAUUUGAGUAAAAUACAAUAUUCAAAAGGAUAUGGUGAUAAAAAAAACGCAUAAGAACAGUAAACGCACUGAACAGCGAACUCAUAGUGAGCAGCUAUGAACUCACUACCCAACUUAAGAACUAGACCAUUACCAGUACAUUUAAUAGCUCCCACUGUGAUCCUUCCUUACCCCAUCCCCCAUCUCUGCCCCCUCAGAGGUCAGUACUGUACAGAAUUAAAAGUGUAUAAUUUUCUUGUUUUUUAAAAAUAAUUUUAUUGUUUUAUCACAGAAAUACAUUGCUAAAUAAUGUAUUAUUUAGUUUUGGUUGUUUUUGACCUUUUAAAAUAUCAUAUAGAAUUCUGAGUUUUUUUUUUUUUUAGUCAAAAUUAUGAUUGUAAGUUUUAUUUAAGUUUAUAAA